GCCAGAGACGAGGACCGGACUGGAAAAAGGAGGAGCAGGAGGUGCGCAGGCGACAGACAGAGAGGAGGGAAAGGGAGGGAGGGAGGGAGGGAGGGAGUGAGUGAGUGGCGGCUGUGAGGCGCAAGAGAAAAGAGGAGAGGGAAUCCGAGAGUCCACUGAGGAGCAAGGAGAAAGAGUCCUGGGCGGCGUCAGUGUCGGGACGUGGGAGAAAAGGGAACGAUUUCAGCGCCUUUGGUGGCAGCAAGCAGCAGCUGGAGGGCCUUGCUCUUGCUCUUGCUCUUGCUCUCUCUCUCUUUGUCUCUCUGCCCACUCCCCCAUUGCCAAGAAGUGCAGUUCCUGCAGCAACAGCUGCCGGUAGGGCGAGACGAGGACGAGACCGUCUUUCUUUCUUUCGUUCGUGACGGAGGGACGAGGAGCAGAAGCUCGCGGACAGGAGGCGACUGCACUGAGGAUUGUGUGAGUGAAGCGAGGGGAGAGAGGAAAUGGCGCUAGUCCUCUCUUCUCCCACUAAUUUGGGCUCGUCCCUCUGCACUUCGUUGGUUCCCGUCGGUGGGAGUGCGGCGGUUUGUGGGAAUGCUCGCGUGUGCAUGCUCGCUUCUCCCUCGUCUUCUUCUCUUGGAGGCUGGGGGCAAGAUGCCUUCAGGGGGUUGUCGAGCGGAUUCGAGAAGAACGUGAAAUCUGUGAACGAAGGGCUUCGACAAAUUGCAUCCGGCCCUCUGAGACACCGCGGAGGAAAUUGGCAGGUGAAUGCCUCGGACGUGCAGCUUGCCAGCGGUGGUGACAGCGGUAGCGGCGUGGGAGGUGGAUUCGGAGAUGGAAAGGGUGGGGAUGGUGAUUCUGGAGACGGUUCUUUCUCUGAGGGAUCUGGAAACAGCGAGAACAGGGACGAGGCUUUGGCUGUUCUGGCUACCAUCGGUAGAUCCCUCGAGAGCUUGCCGAAAGACCUGUCCGCCGCCGUCAAGAGUGGAAAAGUUCCUGCCAGCGUGAUCCAGCGGUUUCUUGAGCUCGAGAAGGCCCCAUUCCGAAAUUGGCUUAUGCAGUUCGCAGGAUUCAAGGAGCGCUUGCUUGCAGAUGAUCUGUUCCUGACCAAAGUCGGAAUCGAAUGCGGAGUUGGCAUUUUCACCAAGACAGCAGCUGAGUUGGAGAGGCGGCGAGAGAACUUCACCAAAGAACUUGAUUUCGUCGUUGCGGAUGUGAUCAUGGCCCUCGUUGCGGACUUUAUGCUGGUUUGGCUUCCUGCACCUACUGUGGCCCUGCGCCCUGCUCUCGCUAAGAACGCGGGGAAAAUCGCAACCUUUUUCUACAAGUGCCCGGACAACGCCUUCCAGAUUGCGCUAAGAGGAACGUCAUACUCAACAUUGCAACGAGUGGGAGCUAUCGUGCGAAAUGGUUCGAAGUUAUUUGUGGUGGGAACUUCUGCAUCUCUGAUUGGGACCGCAGCAACGAACACUCUUAUCAAGUUAAGGAAGUCACUCGACAAAAAUUUUGAAGGAGAAACCGAAGACAUACCAAUUGUAUCUACCAGUUUGGCUUACGGAGUGUACAUGGCAAUCUCGAGUAAUUUAAGGUAUCAAGUUUUAGCAGGAGUGGUGGAGCAGCGGUUGUUGGAGCCCCUACUACACAAUCAAAAGGUGGUACUUGGUGUAUCUUCUUUCGCUGUUCGAACUGCGAACACAUUCUUGGGCUCAUUAUUAUGGGUAGAUUAUGCGCGAUGGAUAGGUGUACAGAAGGUUCAGGAACAUUAGCAAAUGUUGGCCGGGGCAGGAGCUCUCUCGGUCAUUUGAUCUAUGUCCAUUAUCUUAUUAAGCGUGGAUCACCACCUGAUCUUUCUUUACUCCACAAUCGCACGGCAUCAGUUAGGAGGUGUACCAUUUUGUUACUGGUUCGAUCCAAUUUUGCUCAGUGGAGAGUAAAGAAUCAUCGUAGAGCUGCGAUGGUGAUUGGUAACAUCAUGGGCUACACACAUAUCCUUGUUUUCCUAUCACGCAGUCUUCCACGUUGUCAGACCGUCUCGCACAAAUCCCUUUACCCCCUUAUUCGUCUCAUUGGUGCAUCGCUUGAAAGUCAAAGUCUGGAGAAAUAUCAGGGAGGAGGGUUGCUGAGGCUGAAACUUACCUACUGCCUCUUGCACCUCAUACAUACGAUCGAAAGUUUGACCUGCAGAAGAGUUCAAAGGAAAAACAUCAUCGAAUGGAAUGGAGUGUGCAAGUGUUCUUUAACCGAAAGGGAGAACCGUAGCGGUGUCAACCUCAUUGUCACAUCCCCCACAGAUUGUCAUUCUUGCGUCUACAAGGUGAAAAAUCUAAUCUGUUACACUGCCUUGCAUGAACGUGAGGAUUUUGAAGAAGAAAGAGGAGUGGCAGUCAGGCUGCAAAUCCUGUCUAGUUAAGUGCUCACAGAAUGUAUCUGUGAACACGGCUAGGGAUACUCUUACAACAUUAAGGCUUUGCAGUUCGUCGAAGUGUUGUGUUAUCAGCGCCAUCUUCGUCUGAGUCCUUGAGAAGGCGUAAGAAGGGUUCUUCUCAAAGACAGUUGCUUGAUCUUUCAAAAGGUUUAUGCAAAAGGGGUGUAGUAAUUCGUCGAAAUCAACUUUUGUUCGUACAUAUAAUUCUUCGGUUGACAUGGUAUUGUGUACGUGAACCUGAGAAGGCAGGACCGUACUUACCUUCAAUCUGAACCUAUGAACCUAUGUGGGGUUCGUUCGUGUACUCACUAGCUGGCUACUUCGCCACUAAGUAAAUUCUCCAUUAUUUCCCUUCCCGG